AUGCACACUGGGAGGCAGGCUCUGCCACUCGCAGCAGCAGCAUGGAUGCUACUCCAUGGUGCGAUAGCAGCCCCCAAACCCGGCCUGGGCCAGCUUCCCCCCCCGGAGGCCUUAAGAUCGGCAGGUAUCUCCCUGGUCGGAGGAGUUGCUUCAACUGCCCCUCCGGUGUUUCCCCCCGCUGCUGGAGGUGGCCCUGCCUCUGAGGGACCGAGAUCCUCUCCUGCUGGGGGUGGCGUGCCUGCCAGUGCAUCGACCCCUGCCACAGUCUCCGCUCCUCCAUUUCAGCCUCCAUUUGCGCCCAUUGUCGUGACGCAAGCCUGUCCACCAUGUCCCGCUCCUGCCGCACCGACCUGCGCACCCUGUCCCGCUCCUGGCACGAGUACUGCUACUGCCACCGUCACCGUUACUGAGACAGUUUGCCUUGGUUCUCAGAUUCCUCAAGGAGCGGGUGGCUCAACCGCAUCUCCAGGUGUGCCCGCCAUUUCACCUCAAUUUACUCCAACGGGUCCUGGUGUCCUAACUCCGACAGCCGCAGGCCCAGGCGCUCCACAAGGCCCAACCGUGACAGGAACACACAUUUCGAGUGCGCCUCAGGCUCCUAGCGGAGGCCUAGGCGCAACUGCGGGACCUUCAACUCGGCCAGCGGCUUCGGCUACUGGGGUUCCCGGUGUACCGCAAAGUCCUGGAGGCGGAGGCGCAGCCGCAGGACCUACAACAACUCUGCCAGUCCUGGAGGAGGUCCAAUCGGAUUCCAAAACACCACUUCAACCCACGUUGUAG